AUGGCGUUCAAUAACGGCGGAGCAGCCCCCAAGAUCUCCAAAAGCUUCCUACUCGGCUGGAGCGACGAACCUUUCAAGAAAUCCAAGCCGCCGCCUCCCGGGCCGCAGCCCAAGCUACCCAGGGGCCCUGGGGAGAUCAUCGAGUGGAUAGCUAGCGACGGUCGCAAAGGCAAGCUCAAGGUCUCCGUCAACCAUCCGCUCAGUCGAGGAGCCCUCACCGCAGCUAACCUCGCCAAGGUUGCCGACAAGGCAGGGAAGACUGAAGAGCGGAGGCAUACACUUCCAAGCAACCCGCCCGCGCCGCCUGGAACCAUGGACAGGCUGCAUGGUACACCCGCUAAGCUUCACGGCACGCCUGCGAGGCUGCAUGCGACACCUGCCCCAGCCGAUCUCCAAGCUGCGCUCUGGAAUGCCUUUGGCGGACUUGGUGGCGGAAACACGCCUGUGCAACCGCCAAUGGCCCCUGUAGCAGCCGUUCCAGGAGGCUAUGUGCAGGCUAUGCCCCCCGCCGCUGCAGCCGGAGGCAACAAUCCCUCCUUGUUCACUGCGGCCCAAGAUGCGGAGUUAUUACGCAGGAAAACAGAAAACGAAACAUGGGCCCAAAUCGGGGAAGCUCUCGGGAAGUCCAAGCAAGAGCUCAUGGAGCGCUUCAAGCAAAUCAAACCGGCGGACUGGAGGCCGAAGGCUGCAGAAAAGGGCAAGAACAAGAGUAAGAACAAAGGCGGGAAGGAAGAGAAGAAUGAGCCGGCAAACGAGGCCUCUGGACCCAACAACAGCGGCGGGGAUGAUGGCUUCUGGGGCGGCGGCUGGGGUGGUGCCGCUCCGGAGACUGCAGCGCAAGCCGACCAGGCAGAGAAUGCAUGGAACAAGGAUAACACGAAUUGGAACUCCAACAAUAACGCGAACUGGGAGACCAAGUCUCACAAGUCGGCCAGCAAGAAGGAGGGUUCUGCUGCCGGCCGCAACAACAAUGGGAAUGCCAAUGGCUGGGGCGAUCAAUUUGGAGCCACUGCUCAUGCUACCAACGACGUCUAUCCGGAUGACACUUUCUCCAUGGACGAUCUAGCUCUGAUUGCCAGGCUUCUGAAGCGCGACCACAAGCAGGUCUGGUUCCGUCUUUCUUGCGCCUUCAAGGAUAAGACGGGUCGCUACAUAUCAGAGGACGUCUUCCGCGAGAAGCUCACGGGAAAGAGUGCUAAGUGA